AUGUUGUUGAAAUCAGGGCAACGCUAUGAAAACGAGCAGAUCCUGCAGGUGCUGUUUGACUUCCAACAGAGUAUGCCUAGCAAUGGCAAUAAUUGGAUAUCGUAUCUCUACCCCGGUAAUGAAAGAGCGCUGGUUCUUGCAACGUUCCCACGCGACUACUAUCCCCGUUGCGCCUUUUUGAAAGCUGAUCCUAGCGUAUCUAUCACCCGUCCUGCUUUGUGUCCUUUAGUCGAUGGAGGCACUUAUGAUGUUAUUGACACAGAGGCAUCGUCAGACGUGUUCUCCAAGCUUUCUACAGAGCUGAACCACUGUAUAAUCGACUUGCUAGAUAGCUUGUCUUUGUGUAACCUUCGGCUUGCAUCAAAGGCAGUUGCAAACCUCAGCAAGCCUACCGAGUUACCUCAAACAUUCUGGGCAAGUCGCUUCAACCAGGAUCGCGAAAUGGGCUUCUUCCCGACGGAGUACAACAGAACAGAGACAUGGCGGGAUCUGUACUUCAACGUGAAGUAUGCUCUUAGAGACAGCUCUAAAACGGGACACAUGAUGAACCGGCGUCGGAUCUGGAGGGGCCUUGGGGUGAUCAGGCCUUACCUGGUCGCCAUGCUUGACCAACACCCACGUCUGGACGAAACAGCUCGUUUGAGAGAGGAGCUAGUGUCAUUAGGAUAUGAAAUGACCCAGAAAACACAAGGUUAUGGAGGACGCCCGGGCGCAAAUCCUUCCGGGGAUAUACAUGUCAGAGGCUCGCGAUACCUGAAGCUGCGACUCGGCGGCGCAUGGAUCUCUGUUAUCACGGGGUGGAUCGAUCAGAGGCCCUACAUAAUAGGCUUUCGGGUCAGGAGGCGAGACCAUGUUGAAAAGUUUCGCAUUGGCUUGAUUAACGUCAAAGCAGAAACGGAAUUCCUCAUCAAGCCAUCGGACCAGGUUAUCGCUGUCAAGGUGGCUACUACCUUUGGUGGCAUAGUUGGACUCGCCUUCAGGAUCAAGGAUGAGCUCGGUGGAGUAGACUGGAAGAUCGUGGGUAAAGUCGACAAGCCUGACGAUUACGUUGGCAUCACACUGCUAAAGCCGCAAAACGGGCCCUAUAUUAGUGGCUUGCUGCUUGGUCUCGAUGCUUGCAAGAUCGUUUCUGUCCAGCUGGUUGAGAAGCUAGGCGACACCACUACUAUGGAUAAGCCAAGAAGCUCUGGACUGCAACAUGUAUGGCAUCCGGCACCGCCUCAACCUAAUGUGGUGACUGUAUUUACUCCCCCCGUCGAUGAACAUGCUUUCAUCUUGAACAUGGACUUUGGCGGCCCGAGUGGCUCACUGCUUCCACUCCUCAUUCGAGUCGCCUUAUUUGUCGAUGAUCGACAUAACGCUGUCAAAGGCUUAGGCUUCUACUACGCUGACGGAACAGAAAGGGAGUUCGGCUUCCGUGAGGUUGUGACUAAUUGCCGACAGCGAGAUAAGACCCUUGAACUGUCUGUUCCUAUCGAUGGACCGGCUGGCGAGAGAAUCUUUGGCCUGAGGGUCAUGGGUCCUUGGUCCUUCAAGUUAAUUACCAAUUUUGGGGGGACUUCAAGAACGAUUGUUCCUGUGACAGGGCUUGGAAUGAACACUCAGGUUAUGCAUUAUGGAGAGCCUGUAACUGGAUUUCUGGCGCAGGUUCGCAUGAUUCCAUUGGAUGGGUCACUACAAUCCUUCGGACUUGUACAUCUUGACCGUCCAGACUCAUCUCAGCCCAAGUCGCCGUCACCUGCGCCCAAACGAUACAAAGGCUAUCAAGGGGAUUCAAAUUAUGUUUUUCUCCACAAGGUCAAGCGCGUAGGGAUCUCAUGCGGAAGAAAAGGGCGCAGCCGACGCCCAGAACAUGUAUCAGGUUUCCUCUUCGAAUUCUGGGACAAAAGCCCGCCCGUUUAUAUCGGUCAGUGGUUCAAAGAGAUUGGUCAUCUCGACGUCUGUGAAGGUGAAAGAAUCACAAGCUUCACUUUCUGGAACGAACCAGUGGUUUGCGCACAUCAUAACAGUAGAACUACAAAGUACAGCGGAGUCCGGAUUGAAAAGUCUGGUCCUGAGCCGAACGCUGUCGAGGUGCAUCCUGGGCCACACGCCAAUAUGCACGAAACGUGCUAUUCGGAGAAUCGCUUCGAGAGACUGGGUGAUCUUGUUUGGGAUGUUUUCCAUUCGCACGACACUACCAGGGUCAGCGUGAAACCUACACCCUUGGCCAAGAAUUGUCUUUCGUCAAUGUCGCAUAUACGCUACGGAGUAUCUACAAAGAGCGACAAGAUGUUCUGGGAGAUAGAAGACGGAAAGGGAGGCUGGACUAGUGUGUCCCAGAUAGCCGCGUUUUUUAAUCCCGACACCAAGGGACUGUGCGGUAUGGAGUUUACAUACCGAGAUAACCAGAUCAGAUGCGGGGGUUAUACCGAGGGAACAAAAACGACCUACAAACUCAAACGAUACGAGAAGGUCACAGGCGCAUGGAAUACAUCUGCGACAAACGUCACCGGUGACAUUAUUGAUGUUUCUUUCAUUUUGAGGGAUACUCAGAGAAUUCAGAUGUACUGCAGUUUCGUGAAGCUCCGUGGUCAUAAUCCCCACCAAGUUUAUCCUACACAAUGUUCUGAAGUCCUGACGGCGAGAAAGGUGCCAGGUGGAGUGUCGGAGUGUGUUGGUGUGUACCUGGAGAUGUGGCCAGACUUGAAGCACAAGGUUUGUUGUCAGAAGUUUGGGCCGUUAUAUGUUGAGCCGGCAGAUGCGGAGGAAGAGAAAUAAAUGACACAGACAGUGUCAGGACGAGUCAAGGUUUCUGUCUGGAUCAAAGAUUGUUGGGGCAUCAUUUGAUGGACGUAUUUGACGACAGCCCAUCAACACGCAAUUCCCAGCAAGGCUUGCAAGCACCUCAGAUGUCCAUUUUCUUAAUGAUGCCUCCCGGAUAUGUUUAGUAGAACAUCCUCAAUUUGCACAAGUAGACGAUGGCUCGGCUACUUUGUCGAUGGAUGUUCAGGGUAGACAAGUAUAGCAUGUAGACGACCAAGUUGAAAAACAUAUUACACGAGUUAUGAGAGA